UUUCCUUUUUCCCAAGAGAGAGAAAGUGGAAUUUUAUUUUUCUCAUUUGGCCUGCAGAGAAAUACAAAGUGAAAAAAAAAAGGAAAAGAAAAAGACCAAACCAAAAACACAAAAGAGAAAGGCAAGAAGAGAAGAGAACUGUCUCAAAUCUCAAUGGUUGAAUUAUUUUUAUUUUUAUUAUAAUAAUAAAUAAUAUAACAAUAUAUCUCUCAUUUAAGAUAUGAAAAUGUUGAGGAUGGGCUUUGGUGGGUUUCUGAUAUUAAGCUGAAAGAAAGAUGCGAUCUUUUUUAAUUGACUCACUGACUCACUGAUUCAUUGGUUUGAUCGAGUUUGAGAUUUAAUCUGGGCCUGACAUUUGAUUUCUGAUCGUCAAAACAAAAUGAACGGUGGAGAUGAAGUUGGUGAAGCUCCGCCUGUUCCACCACAGCCUCUGGAGUGGAAAUUCUCUCAGGUCUUCGGUGAACGAACCGCCGGUGAAGAAGUGCAAGAAGUAAUUAAUUAAUCAAGUAGUAGUAGCAUCAGUGUUCUAGUGAGAGCUUGUUGAUAUUAUUUCAGCAAUUGAAUUUGAUAGAAGUGGUGAUCAUCUUGCUACCGGUGACCGUGGAGGCCGUGUGGUUCUCUUUGAGAGAACUGACACUAAGGAUCAUGGUGGAUCCAGAAGGGAUCUGGAGAGGAUGGGUUACCCAAUUAGUAGGCAUCCUGAGUUUCGAUAUAAAACAGAAUUUCAGAGCCAUGAACCUGAGUUUGACUAUCUCAAGAGUUUGGAAAUAGAGGAGAAAAUUAACAAAAUCAGAUGGUGCCAAACAACCAAUGGUGCUCUUUUUCUCCUAUCUACUAAUGAUAAAACCAUCAAGUAUUGGAAGGUCCAAGAGAAGAAGGUGAAGAAAAUUUCUGAAAUGAAUGUGGACCCUUCUAAAGCUAUAGGAAAUGGUAGCAUUGCCAGUUCAAGCAAUUCAAGUAUUGGUAAACAAUAUCUUGCAAAUGGAGGAGGCAAGUACGAUUUACCAAGCAAUGACUUCAGCAUUCCUCCUGGGGGCUUUCCAUCAUUGCGUUUACCAGUGGUAGUGACGUCCGAUGAGACAAGCUUGAUGGCUAGUUGUCGAAGGGUAUAUGCUCAUGCUCAUGAUUAUCAUAUUAAUUCAAUUUCAAACAACAGUGAUGGUGAAACUUUUAUAUCCGCCGAUGACCUACGAAUAAAUCUUUGGAAUUUGGAAAUUAGCAAUCAAAGUUUCAAUAUUGUUGAUGUCAAACCUGCAAAUAUGGAGGAUCUUACUGAGGUUAUAACAUCAGCAGAAUUCCACCCCGGUCAUUGCAAUACGUUAGCAUACAGCAGUUCAAAAGGCUCAAUUCGACUCAUUGAUUUGCGACAAUCAGCUUUGUGUGACUCUCAUGCCAAAUUGUUUGAGGAAACAGAGGCACCAGGCUCGAGAUCAUUUUUUACAGAAAUAAUUGCCUCAAUCUCUGAUAUUAAAUUUGCAAGGGAUGGAAGACAUAUACUCAGUCGUGAUUACAUGACUCUUAAGUUGUGGGAUAUCAAUAUGGAUUCUGGUCCAGUUGCAACCUUCCAAGUUCAUGAACAUUUAAGACCAAAGUUGUGUGAUUUAUAUGAAAAUGAUUCAAUCUUUGAUAAAUUCGAGUGUUGUUUGAGUGGUGAUGGAUUGCGAGUUGCGACAGGCUCCUACAGCAAUCUGUUUCGGGUAUUUGGUUGUAACCUAGAAAGUACUGAGGCAACAACUUUGGAAGCCAGCAAAAAUCCAAUGAGGAGACAAGUCCAGACCCCUUCAAGGCCUUCAAGAUCCCUAAGCAGCAUAACACGUGUUGUAAGACGGGCAGGAGCAGAAGGCCCAGGAGUUGAUCCAAAUGGAAAUUCUUUUGAUUUCUCCACAAAGUUGUUGCACUUAGCAUGGCAUCCUACUGAAAAUUCCAUUGCCUGUGCUGCCGCAAACAGCUUGUACAUGUACUAUGCAUAAAGAUGAUCCCAGGAAGAAAUGUAUUUGCUUGGUGAAGUUCUGGGGUUGCUGUUGGAGAAGAUUUCUUUUCCAUUCCCACCAAUGAGCUAGGCGGAGGCUACUUUGAGUUUUGCAUUUAAAAUGUCCUUCAAUCUGCAGCACCUGCUAUGUUAUAGAAUGUUCCUGAAAUGGCUAUUGCAGAAUCCAUUUGGAAGCAGCUUGUUAUCAUUCUCCAGGGAGCUAGCUAGAUAUCAAUUUUCUUCCCUCUUCUCCUAACCCCAAAAUUCCUUUCCUUUCCCCUCCUUUUCCUGAUAUCUUCUAAAAUAGAAGAUGCAAUUAUGUUCGAAGUUGUGAUGGGUUGAAGUCAUUAGAAAAUGUGAUUGUAGUUCUUCUACAGCAAAACGUAAAAGAUGUUAAGUAAAUUUGCCACUAAGUCCAAGGUGAAUGUAGUUACGUAGAUCUUGGUGGGAAGGAGCUGUUGAAACUUGCAAUGCAAUUUUUCUGUUUAUUCUUUAUUAUUCUUGAAACGUAUAUCCUGUAGUUAUUUCC